CUGGAAGGGGCUCUGCUAUUGUUUGCGGAAUUGUAAACUGCCGUGCAAUUCGCUUAAUAUCAACAGUUAAAAUGCAUUUUUCCGCCUAAAAACAGUGACGCUCUGUCUUCGUUGCUCGUUAAAGGGUUCAUGCAAAGGUUUGGAUGUGUGGCGUCGCUGCAGCGUGAUGCGGGUCUGUAGGAGUACCCCCUGCGUGGGUCCCUUUGCAGUGCAGAUCCAGUAGUUGGACUUGUGUCGAGAGCACGCGAGCCGAGACGAGAGGAGUACAGCAGCUGAGUGAGCGAGUAGAGGUAGAAUCGCAUGCUCGCUCUUACGAGACUACUAGACAUCGACUUGUCACUUUUAAACCCGCUCCAAAGGCUACUCGAAGAGGACCACAGAGAGCAGCAACAACACCUGGUCUGGUGUCCUCGAACCACCAGUGAAAAAACUCCCGAACGCGAUCAUCUCAGCUGGCAUGAGCUAACAUAACCCCUACCAGUCAGAGAUGGAAACCAAACCGUUCUUGUCAUUGGGGUUCCUGAAGCCCCAGUGCUCGUUAGCUCCUCCGAUGCAGCGAGGCCGCCCAAACGAUGCCUGUUCCUGUUUCAGUGGCAUGUGUUCCCUCCAUCAGCGUCGACUGUCCUCCGACUCAUCAGGUCAGAUGGGCUCUUCACCCCUGGGCUCACCCACUUCCCAUCGAGGAAUGCACCCAUCUUUGCUCAGUCCAACCAGCAUGGGGCCCUCCGGGUCUCUUCACUCUCCCAUCAGCACGUUGAGCUCGCCCAUGAACGGCCUGGCCUCGCCCUUCUCUGUCAUCAGCUCGCCCAUGGGCCCCCACUCCAUGACCUCGCCCGGCAUGGGCUACGGCCCCAGCGUCAGCCCUCAGCUGAACUCGCCGAUGAACUCGGUCAGCAGCACGGAGGACAUUAAGCCCCCGCUGGGCCUCAACGGCGUGAUGAAAGUGCCCGCUCAGCCCUCUGGCACGGCGCUGUCGCUCACCAAACACAUCUGUGCCAUCUGUGGGGACCGCUCUUCAGGUAAACACUACGGGGUAUACAGCUGUGAGGGCUGCAAAGGUUUCUUCAAGAGGACGGUGCGCAAAGACCUCACCUACACGUGUCGCGACAACAAGGACUGCGUCAUUGACAAACGGCAGAGGAAUCGGUGCCAAUACUGCCGCUACCAAAAGUGUCUAGCGAUGGGCAUGAAGAGAGAAGCCGUUCAGGAGGAGCGCCAGCGAGCCAAGGAAAAGAAUGAGAAUGAGGUGGAGUCGACCAGCUGCGCCAAUGAGGACAUGCCCGUGGAGAAGAUCCUGGAAGCCGAGCAGGCGGUGGAACCCAAAACCGAAACCUACAUCGACACCAACCUUGGGGUUCCAUCCAAUUCACCAAACGACCCGGUGACAAAUAUCUGUCAGGCUGCGGACAAACAGCUCUUUACGUUGGUUGAGUGGGCCAAGAGAAUUCCCCACUUUUCGGAGCUGCCACUGGACGACCAGGUCAUCCUUCUACGAGCAGGUUGGAAUGAACUCCUCAUAGCGUCAUUUUCGCACCGUUCGAUCGCCGUUAAAGACGGGAUCCUGUUGGCGACCGGGCUGCACGUACACCGCAACAGCGCCCAUAGUGCUGGAGUGGGAGCCAUCUUUGACAGAGUGCUCACAGAGCUGGUGUCCAAGAUGCGGGAUAUGCAGAUGGAUAAGACAGAACUGGGGUGCCUUCGAGCUAUAGUCCUUUUCAACCCAGACUCCAAAGGUCUGUCAAACCCAAGUGAGGUAGAAGCUCUCAGAGAGAAAGUCUACGCGUCUUUAGAGGCCUACUGCAAACACAAGUAUCCCGAGCAACCUGGCAGAUUCGCCAAGCUGCUGCUGAGGUUACCGGCGCUGCGCUCCAUCGGCCUCAAGUGUCUGGAACACUUGUUCUUCUUCAAACUCAUAGGCGACACGCCCAUCGACACUUUCCUCAUGGAAAUGCUAGAAGCUCCGCAUCAAAUGACAUAAUAACGGAGAGGAUGGAGCCCGUCAUCUGCCUCCUCGUCAUUUCCCAGCAGGGUCUUUUUUUUUUAAGAUGUCCCACCUCCACUGAGAGACAAAUUAUGUCAUGGUGAACAUUUUCCCUUUUCACUGUAAAAUCCCCCCAGAAACAACAAACUCAUU